GAAGGUUUCGGCCGGAAGUACUGUUUGCAAACAGGAAGUGUGGCGGAGUUCCUGGGGCAGGGCCUGUGAGGGAUAUGGAGGCAUACGAGCAGGUCCAGAAGGGCCCCCUGAAGCUGAAAGGCGUGGCGGAGCUCGGCGUGACGAAGCGGAAGAAGAAGAAGAAGGACAAAGACAAGGCCAAGAUGCUGGAGGCCAUGGGGACGAGCAAGAAGAACGAGGAGGAGAAGAGGCGCUGCCUGGACAAGCGCACGCCGGCGCAGGCGGCCUUCGAAAAGAUGCAGGAGAAGCGGCAAAUGGAAAGAAUCCUGAAGAAGGCAUCGAAAACCCACAAACAGAGAGUGGAGGACUUCAACCGACACCUGGACACACUCACCGAGCACUAUGACAUCCCCAAAGUCAGCUGGACCAAGUAACCUAGCCCUGCUGCAGAAGGCAGAAGGCUGGACAGUUUGACACCUGGUUGGCGGGCGCAUCUGCUGAGACCAGGCUUUCUGAGACUUGAUUAAAGCCAGGCUGUCCUUUCACUGGGUCUUGGUUUUGGGGUAGUUCCCUUUCCAGUUCGGACAACAGCACUGUGGAUUGACAUGCUGAGGUCAUUUCUGAGUGAAGGCCAUGUAAGGAUGGUCCCCUUCCCACCCCCAUUGCGGCAUCUGCCUUCACUUACACCACAAUGCCAGGACAGGAAGCCCCUGUGGACCACCACAGAAAUUACAGUGCUGCUCCAUUUUGGGCCACCUGCACAUCAAUCAGAUUGUAUCUGCAACACCAUCUGAAGCAAGGGCAGGACACAGGUCUCCAGCUCAUAGCCUGUCCCACAGUCCACCCUGUGGAUUGCCACAGCAGAUGUUGCUAAUCUCAGUUCUCAAUCAUGGCACCUGGGUUUCUAAGCAUGUAGCAUGUGGCAUAAGCCUGGUGGGCACUCCUGGUCUAAGGACACCAAAUGCCAGGCGUGACCAGGGCCGAGUGCCAACAGACGUGGUGUAGUGGUGCAGAUGCUGCAGCGCUGUGCAUCUGAGGGUCUAGGUAGACCACUUGAAGGGUUUCUGCACACACAGUUGAGAGAUGCAGCUUCUGUUGCCAUGGAUACUGAAUGAGUGACAAAUGGGUGGAGCUGACAUGUAUGGAAUAAAGUGAAUACCAGUCA